UUUUACUUCCUGUUUUCUUUUUUUCAUGUGACAUCUGAGAAAAUUCAUCUCGACAGUAGGAAAAAAAAACACUUCGGCGCUGCCACGUCAGGAUUACAGCGCUAGAUAAACACCUGGCCGAAAUCCCAAAGGCACACACCAAAUAACCCGAGCAGAAGAGAGCAGGCGGCGAGAGGUUUCUUCAGACAUGGAGAGCAAAUAUAACUUGAAGAGUCCAGCCGUGAAGAGGCUGAUGAAAGAGGCAGCAGAGCUCCGCGACCCGACAGAACAUUACCACGCUCAGCCGCUGGAGGACAACCUGUUUGAGUGGCACUUCUCCGUUCGAGGACCUCCGGACUCUGAUUUUGACGGCGGGGUGUAUCACGGUCGGAUUGUGCUGCCCCCCGAAUACCCCAUGAAGCCCCCCAGCAUCAUUCUGCUCACCCCCAAUGGACGGUUUGAAGUUGGGAAGAAGAUCUGUCUGAGCAUUUCCGGCCACCAUCCGGAGACGUGGCAGCCUUCAUGGAGCAUUCGGACCGCUUUGAUAGCAAUCAUUGGAUUCAUGCCAACUAAAGGUGAAGGAGCGAUAGGAUCUCUAGAUUACACUCCUGAGGAGAGAAGAGCUCUCGCUAAAAAGUCGCUGGAUUUCUGCUGUGACGUGUGUGGCAGCUGUAUGCGCUCCGCUCUGCUAGCGCUCUCUCCUGACAGUGACCUUCGACCCGUCGACCCUCAGGCACACAGACUGGCACAGCAGAUCAACUUCAAGGCUGAGUCCAGCUCAUCAGCUGCAGACAGUGGAGGUUCAGUGGCAGAAGCUUCCAGUAACAGUGAGAGCUCCUCUACAGCGGAGAGAGACACCGAGGACACGGCGUCCGCUGAGCAGGCUGAAUCAUCAUCAUCAUCAUCCUCAUCUGCUGCUCCUCAGACAUCAAGCGAGGGUCCGUCCGCUCCAGCGGCUCCGAGUCCACGUCAGCGGCGCUCACAGAACCAGUCCCCGAGAUACCCAGCGUUCACGGCGUCCCCCGCCGCCCAGCUCCCGCCGCAGGACACCGGUCACACGGGCUCGGCCGUCCUCAUCGUCCUCCUCACGCUCGCGCUGGCUGCGCUCAUUUUCCGCAGGAUCUAUUUGGCCCACGAGUAUAAGUUUGAUUACGAGCUAUGAACUCCUCCUACAGACCCAGCUCGCGUCAAAAUCCCGUUGCGCUCGUCAAGAACACUCCAGGGUCUGAUUUCACCCCCCAAAAAAUGUCAAAAGCUAAAUUCUAUUUCACAAGAAGACGGUGGAGUCGUGAUUUUUAGCUUGUUUGGAUGGUUACGUUUCACGAUCAUUAUUCCAAUCUUAUUACUGUAAUGUGUUCUUAAUACUGUAAUUAUGUUUGUAUUUUAACUGUGAAGUAUUUAUGCGUCAUCAUAGUAAUUGUACUGCCUUUUAAUUGAAAAAGAUUUUAUAAAAAAAAAACCCCAAGAAGCUCAUCUGGACACAUUACUGUAAUGAGAACGAAUUCAGGCAUAAUGUUCCCGCUUGCUUUAUGCAAAAAUAUAUCAUCAUUUUGGGGUGAAAUAUGACCAAGACCUGUUUUUAAGUGGUUUGUUUUCAGAUCCUGGAGUCUCUGUAUAUAUACGGUUCCCCAAAUAGUGCAUUUCAGAAAAUCUGCGGUGACGCGUUGUACAAAAUUUGGUGUUUAAACUGAAUCCUGUAGAAAUUGAAUCGCUUCUGUGUUUGUCUAUCCCAGAGUUACACCUUUACAUACUUUUAAAAAGCUGUAAUAACGUAGGCAUGGUCGUGAAACUAUCAAACACUUAAAAACGUGUGCGCAUAAAGCAUCGACGUACGAGAACGAAUCAUCCGUUAACUUUCAGAAAGCGUUCGACCAGUUAAGACUCAGUUAAGAAGUUUUUAUAUUUAUUGGUAUAACCUCGACACUCUGGAAUUGAAAUAUAGCAACAUCAUAUACAUAAGCGCCGUAGACAAAAUUAUCGUUGGCCCUAUGUAGAAGAUAUGUUUUUCUUCUUUAAGCAGCGAGCCGUAGUCGCUCUAGUCUAGCCUAAUGUUCAAGGACGAAUAAUGCAAUAAACUUGAUUCAACCAUAA